AUGGCGACGUCCAAGAAGAAGAAAGUUGUCUCCAAAGAGGACUUGAGACGCUUAAUGAAAGAGAAGAAGGCAACUGUCGCAAUAACUAAACGUGUCGAACAUCAGUUUGCCAAGUAUAACAGUAUCGACCAGCUGGUAUGUGUUGUCUGUAAUACAGUGAUAAAAAGUGGAUUAUUGUGGCAAGCACAUCUACAGAGUAAACAACAUAAAGAGAAACUGACUCAAGUCAAGCCAGCAGCAGACACUUUUACCACUGGCAUCAAGAGGUCUCUCCCCCAGCAUUCAAACAGUCAUGAAGACUCUAAACGACACCGAGGAAAUGGUCAGUCAGCCAAAUCAUCCUCAGCAGCCUCAGGGCUACCCUCAGAUUUCUUUGACGGUAAAUCUAACGACAGAACGAGUAUGUCAAGUCGUCCUGGUCUGGCAUCUUACUCAUCAUCUUCUGAGGAUGAGGAUGAGGUGAAAUCGACAUCCAAACUCAGCACUUCCACAGUGUCUAGUGUACCAGGUCUCCCAGCAGAUUUUUUCCAUACAAAGUCCAACAGUAAACAAGAGGAAGUUGAAAAACCUAAAACAGAAACAAUGGCUGAAGUGCUACCAGAAGGCUUUUUUGAUGAUCCAAAAACUGAUGCGAAAGUUCGUAAUGUAGAAUAUAAAGACAAGAUGGAGGAGGAAUGGGAAAUGUUUCAACGAGCUAUGAAAGAAGAAAAUCAUGUAUCAGAAGCUAUCAUGGAUGAGGAGGAUGAACAAGCAAACGUGGACAGAAACAUAGACGAAAUAGAUGACCAAAUUAAUCGUUGGAACGAAAUCAACAAUCUCCAGAUAAAAAAGGAAGAAAUAAUGUCAAAUCAGGGAUCCAAGGAGACAGGGUCAAAAUCAGACAGUGAUGAAGACGCAGAGGACCAAGAGCUUCAGGAGUUUAUGGACUGGCGUUCAAAAAAAUCUUGGAAAUGACAAUUCUGCAUCAUCAGUGUUUAUUUCAUUGUGAUUUGGCGUAAUGAUGGUUGAAUAAAUCAUUUAGUGAUAUAACAUUGGAGCAAGUUAUGUAAAGUUGAAAAACGAACCAUGAUUCUGGCCUGACAUAUGGCUUUGGUGUUUGGGCUUACAUUUUCCUGUAAUUUCCAGAUACAUUACACUAGCUGGUUUAAAUGCAGACACUGAAUUUGAUUGCCAAGAAUUGAUCACUAGUAGUUUCUGACAUGAUACGGAUACAUUUAUCAAUCAAUGCAUUUGUCCCCUCUAGUGGGGCUGAUAUGAAAGUACAGUCAAACUUGUAUGUUUCAAGUUAAAAAAAACUUUGACAGAUCGAAACAUUGAAUCAUUUGUGGUGGGUUAUAUCUACGUUUUCAUGUUCAUGGCUAUAUAUAGGUGAAUGACAUAUUUCUACCUGAACAAACACAACAAAUACCAAAACUCCAGUUUAAUGAAAAGAUGCAUUUUUAUCUUAAAACAAAAAAUAUUCACUGAAAAUCAAUGAGAAAUUGAUAAUGCCUGCUUACAUUUACAUUUAUGUCAUACAGUAUAUGUAUUUUUACAGGUCCGUUUUAAAUGAAACAACUUGCAGCAUUAAUAUGGUCUUGAAGUGUUACUGUAAUCAUUUCAAGACUGAUACAUAAAUGACAGAUAAAGUACUGUGUUUCUCAUGCUUUUAGACCUAAAACUGAUUGCUUUCAAAAUAUCUUAGAUUGGACCUUACUAAAUGCCAUUACCAAAAUGGCAGUGAUGGACAUCACACGACGUCCCAUUGUCUUUUAUUAAACAUCAUGACUUGUAAGUAAGCAAGUAAAUUCUAAUCUGUGUCCAGUCAUUAAUUAAGCUCGUAACCCAGAGCCAAUGAUAAUGAGCUAUUGUAAUCCCAUUGUCAGGUAGUAAUAUGUGAAAUUUUGUCAGGAAGUGAAAAUAUCUGAAAAGUACAGGUAAAUGUUUUGUAUGAUGACUGUUGUUAUAUAGCUUACAGUCCAUGAAAACUUUCAUUCUUUGAAAAGUUUGAUUUAUAAAACUUUGAUUCAGAAAGGGAGAAGUUUGUGGUAAUAUAUAGGAAUAAAUUUGGGACCAGACAAUAACUUUGAUACAUAGACAAAUUGGAAUCAUUGAAGUUCGAUUCAUAGGAGUUGACCGUAUUUCACUUUUUGGUCUACUUUUGGGGACCAUUGUAGUUACUUACGAAAGUGGAAAGCCAAAUCAAAAAAAUUGAUAAUAGUUUUCAAAAAUGUCUUUUACAGUAUUUAAUUGCUCUUUGUGGUGAUAAUGUUGGGAUGUACACACCCAGUAUGUUGUAUAUCAUUCUGGUAUAAUUUCAGCACUGCUGGAUCCUGUUCUUAGAAUAGGAUAUUUGGAACUACAAAGUUUUAAUUCAACUGGUGAAUGAAACGGUCUACCAAGUGAAA